AUGCCGGCCCAGAUGGAGAGAUGUCCCAGGCUGGCGCUGGAGCCGCAAAGUGGGCGGUGGUACAGCAAGCACGCAGACACGAGCGUCAAGAAAACGGAGGGCAUCCACCAACGGGUCCUGGGCGAUAGGGUCGAGAAGGUGAUCGUCUCUGACCGUGUUGUUGACUCUCUAUGCUGCCUAGUCACCAAUGAGUAUGGCUGGAUUGCCAACAUGGAGAAGAGGAUCAUGAAGGCCCAGGCUCUGAGGAACACGAGCAUGGGCGGCUACAUGUCGAGCAAGAAGGCGAUGGAGAUCAACCCCGAGAACGCCAUCACGGAGGAGUUGCGCAAGGGCGCUGACGCAUACAAUAACGACAAGUUGGUCAAGAACAUGGUGAUGCUGCUGCUCACCUCGGGCUUUAGCCUCGACGACCCCAACACCUUCAAUACCAGGACCCACCGCAUGUUGAAGCCAGGCCUAAGCUUCGACGGGGAUGAGCCUGCUGAGGCUGACACGGACAUGCCACGGGCGAGAGCAAGACGGAGGAGGUCGACGAACGUUUACUGA